CUGCUGACAGCUGUUGCAGUAGUUUCAGUUGUCAACUGGCUUCAGUCCCUCUCGCAGUAGUUUCCUGUCAGUCUUUGAAAGCAGUUAUUAUUGAAACUAUCAUUAGUUUCUAUUUGACCACCACAACGUAGCAACUUUUCAUCUCAAUGGACACUGUACAGACUGUGAUGUCUGGAUUUUCUCCGGACCUGGGACCACUGAAAGAACCACUUGGAUUCAUUCGUGUGCUAGAAUGGGUUUUUGCCAUUUUUGCCUUUGCCACCACUGGAGGUUACUCUGGGACAAGUAACUUGACAGUCAAGUGUCCUGGAUCUGAGGACACCACGUCGGUGUCGCCUGUUUUUGGAUACCCAUUCAGGUUGUCUGCUAACCCUUACAAGAUUCCUUCAUGUGACGGCAGUCCUUCCAAUCAGACCUACCUACAGGGCAACUUCUCUUCCUCUGCAGAGUUCUUUGUGUGUGUGGGCGUGUUUGGCUUCCUGUAUUGCACUGCCACACUCAUUCUGUACUUGGGCUACCAGAAUGUCUAUCGCCAGACCACUCGCGGCCCUAUCAUAGAUUUGGUGCUGACCGCUGCCUUCGCCUUCCUGUGGCUUGUGUCCUCUUCAGCCUGGGGCAAAGGCCUGACUGAUGUCAAAUGGGCCACCAACCCUGAACACCUCGUGGAGGAGGAUUGUAAAUUCUGCCACCCAGGAGAGUUUCCCUCCAUGGGACGCCUAAAUGCCUCAGUGAUUUUUGGCUUUUUAAAUGUGAUCCUUUGGGCAGGUAACUGUUGGUUCAUCUACAAGGAGACUUCCUUCCACAAAGACCCCAACCCGCCUGCCACCGUGGAGGAAGGAGGGGCCCCGGGACCCUAAGCAUCUCUCAAGCAUGUCUGUAGUAAUAGUAAUAUUAUUAUUAUUAUUAACAUGUCACUGUACACAAAGCAGAAAUACUCUGCCCAACACUGGUUCUACAAAAAUAAGUUCUCAUUUGACUACGCAGCUUUUUUUAUUCUUACUAAUGAGGCCUUUUUUUCAUUUUACCUUUCAUUCAUUAUGCUGCAACUUUAUUGUUAAAAGACAAAGCAACAAAAAAACAUGACCUAGGAUGUGUACUCUGAUGUAGAAAUUUAACCUGCCCGUUCGCUUCCACAGAAGUACUGUAGUUUCUCUUAAGGACAAAAGAUCAAGUUGAUCUAUCAGCUUUUUAUUAAUUGACAACAAUAUUGACCAUUUUCAGCUGUGGUAUUAAUGGAGAUAAAAUUGUGUCUCUUUAUGCAACCAAAAAAAAGAGUUUGUCACAAAAAAUAUUAGCAAACAAAAUUUUUUAUUUUAUUUUAACAAAAAAGUUUUGGUUGCAAAUCCUUUUUUGGUUACCACUCAACUUUAAUCUUGUGGGCGGGGCCUUUUCUGUACAAUGCUAUGUUAGAAUCCUUUAUAUAGGUCAGCAUCGCUCACCUCUAAUCUUCGGUAUUUUCAAGCAAUGGGUUAAUGAGGCCUUAGUGAGUGUGUGGCACACUCACUGGCUGUAUUGACACUGAAUUGGUGUUUAAUAAUAGCUCAACCUGCCAUCUUCUCAAUUAUUAUGUUUGACCUGCAAAUAAAAUUCAUGAUUAGCAAAUAUUAUUUAUUCCUUUUUUUUAUUAUAUAAAAAUGAAUAGCUGUGCAACUCUGGUCAAUGAGCCAAAUGGUAACACUAAAAAGGAAUGUUUACCUUAUUUAGUGCUAAAGAUCAUAAUGAUCCCACACUUGGGAAUUAUUAUUUUUUCUUAGUCCAAUUUACAUUAAUAAUGGCGACAAAAACCGAUGACAAACAUGCCACUCCUCUGACUUUGUGCAGUGCGAUCUGUUGCUUGUGAGCAGAUAGAAGCGUUUUCAAACAAACACAGCACACACACAGCAGCUGUAUCGGUGACAUGUUUUUUUCCAUAAAGUGACGCACACAUCGAAGGAAACAGUAUCAGUCUUUGUGUCUCCUAAUGUAUCGAUGCUUUAGUAUCGUUUGACGCAUCACUUGUAUUUUCCCUCCAAACGUGAUGAGGGCGGAAGUAGUCAGCAGUCACGGCAUCAAACGUGAUGAGGGCGGAAGUAGUCAGCAGUCACGGCAUCAUACCAGACUGACAAAGAGCCUUGUAACAUUGUUCAGAGGAGGCCCCACCCACAAGAUUGAGUUUACGUUGUUUCCGUGAUUUUUGUUUGCGGAUGUUUUUUUUGUUUGUUUGCAUAAAACACAUUUCUCUCUAUAGGUAUAAAACUGAUAUGCAUGUCUGUAAAAAAGGUAUUUCAUGCAAAUCGUAAAAUAUAUGUGCAAAAAUUUGCAAAUAACCAAAGCAAUUCCUCCAAAUGUACUCAUUCACAUAAAUAUUUGUAAUUAACAUAAGUAUUUCCUUGUCUAAAGCAGGUCAACAAAGAGAAAGACUGCUGUGCUAAAAGAAAGCUACUUACUGCGUGCUAGCAUGUAAUCUGCAUGACGACUACUGCACCGGCCUGCUACCAAUAUGGAACAUGUUUUAUUUACAGACAAAAUAACUACUGACUUCUAGAUUUAUUAUAUUAGCAGCUAAUCAACACUCACACUGACACUAUUAGUACUGAUUAUUUUUAUAUCUUUAUUUUUGCAAGCGAAUGUACAUGUUUGUCCUUCAAGUUGUAAUAUGAAUUGGUAAGGUUGUUCCCUCUCGUGUAUUUAUAUGCAGCUUGAUCAGGAACAAAGCCUGCUGACUUUUGUCCAACCAAUUCUUUGUUUUUUAACAACAGUUUUACGUUUAGUUUGUUUUCCAUAUAUCAUCUUCUUAAUGCUAAUGCUAAUUGGAAAAAGUAAGGAAGUAUUUGAUGUGUACUAUUGACAAACUGCUAUGUGCUUGAUGGAGUGAUCACAAGUAAAAUGUGUUACUUCA